AGGGGCGGCGCGGUGUCGGUGUCUGCAGCAUCCCGGUGUCCGGCUCCGGUCGCUGCACGCCUCGGCUGUCUCCUCCCCUCUCCCGCCCUCACCUCCACGCGGGGCUGCCUCGGCCAGCCAACUCUGCGCACUUUGCCCCUUGUUGGCAGCGGAUAAAAGGGGUCUGAGGAAAUACGGGACACGGUCACCCACUGCCAGCUCGAGCCUUUAAAUCCCCAGCCCGGGGAGAUCCACGCACAGCAGGUCGGGCUCCGACACCCAUCCAGCGUGCAGGGCUCGCAGAAGGGCUCCGAGCGCUCCGGAACGAGUCCACCCUCUGGCCCCGCGGUCCCGCGCUCCGGCCCGCAGUCUCAGCCCGGGGAAAGGGAGCCUAGCCUCUGGGAGCCAAGAUGCCGGCCCACUUGCUGCAAGAGGAGAUCUCCAGCUCCUACACCACCACCACCACUAUCACAGCCCCUCCCUCCAGGGUCCUGCAGAAUGGAGGCGGCAAGCUGGAGAAAACGUCCCUGUGCUUUGACGAGGACAUCCGCCCGGAAAUCAGCGAUGACAUACACGACCCCAGCUACCAGGACAAGGAGGGCCCGGCGCCCAAGCUGGAGUACGUCUGGAGAAACAUCAUCCUCAUGUCUCUGCUGCACUUGGGAGCCCUGUAUGGGAUCGUCUUGUUUCCCACCUCCAAGUUCUACACCUGGCUCUGGGUGCUGUUCUACUACCUGGUCAGUGCCCUGGGCAUCACGGCCGGCGCACACCGCCUGUGGAGCCACCGCACCUACAAGGCUCGGCUGCCCCUGCGGCUCUUCCUGAUCAUCGCCAACACCAUGGCCUUCCAGAAUGAUGUUUAUGAAUGGGCCAGAGAUCACCGUGUCCACCACAAGUUCUCGGAAACACAUGCUGAUCCUCAUAACGCCCGACGUGGCUUUUUCUUCUCUCACGUGGGUUGGCUGCUUGUGCGCAAACACCCAGCCGUCAAAGAGAAGGGUGCUUUGCUAGACUUGUCUGACCUAAGAGCUGAGAAACUGGUGAUGUUCCAGAGGAGGUACUACGUCCCCGGGGUCCUGCUGAUGUGCUUCAUCCUGCCCACACUGGUGCCCUGGUGUCUCUGGGGAGAGACCUUCAUGCACAGCUUGUACGUCGCCACUUUACUGCGCUACGCCACCGUGCUCAACGCCACCUGGCUGGUGAACAGCGCUGCCCACCUCUAUGGAUAUCGCCCUUAUGACAAGACCAUCAACCCCCGGGAGAACAUCCUGGUCUCACUGGGUGCUGUGGGUGAGGGCUUCCACAACUAUCACCACACCUUUCCCUAUGACUACUCCGCCAGUGAGUACCGCUGGCACAUCAACCUAACCACAUUCUUCAUUGACUGCAUGGCGGCCCUCGGCCUGGCUUACGACCGGAAGAAAGUGUCCAAGGCCGCGGUGCUGGCCCGGAUUAAAAGAACUGGAGAUGGAACCUACAAGAGCGGCUGAGUUUGCGAUCCCUCGUGUUCCUUUUCCAAAAGCCAGCUGGGCAGAGGUGUAAUGUUCUGUUUAUUAACUACUGAAUAAUGCUACCAGGAUGCUAAAGAUGACGAUCUAACCCAUUCCAGCACAGUAUUCUUGUACAAUGCACAAGUAUUGAAAGCCAACAACUCUGCCUUCAUGAUGCUAAGCUGAUUUCAUUCUUAUUUCUCCUCUUCCCUUCUCCCUCUCCUCGCCCCAUCGUCGUCUCCCUCUUCUCUGCUUUGUCCCUCUCUCCAUCUUCUCCUUCUCUGCCUCCCAGGGAAGCCGCUGAUCAGUCGCUGGUUGGUGCCCAGCUUCCAAAGCCUAGACGACCUUUCUGUAGUCUGAAACAACUGGUCUUAGCCCCAGAGAACUCUUUUUUUUUUUCUUUUCUGGAGCUGUCCUGAGUUUCAAGGUAGGUGGCUCAAGCUGGAGAUAGAGCAAAAUCCUCCGGCAAGCCUCCUGUUCAUUAUCUCGAGCCCAGUCUCUUGCUAGAUGGACUGGAAAGGUGACUAUUCGGCACAAAGCUUCUAAAGCAGGUCAAUUGCCAGGGGAGAGAGUUCGCACGGGCAGUAGGAUUGAUAAGUAAAGAUGGGGUGGGGUGGAAAACAAGGCCCAGGACGCCCUUCUCUGAGCAGACACAGAGCUUCCUGCCCGCUGGGACCCGGCACCUCACCGGGAGGCAGGCUUCCUUUCUCUCCCAACUCUGAGUAGCAGUGGCGAUGAGGCUUGGCAGUGUUAGGACAGGAAAACCCACCUCGACGUCUCCGUGUAGUUUAGGCUGAGGAUAAAGAAGAAACACCUAAUUUGUAGUAAAAGUGACCUCUCUGCUGGGCAAGUUUUUCUUUUUUCCCCCUGCUUUCAUAACAAGGAGAUUUCUUAUUUCACAGAACAAGAAGUCUCGAGGUUGGGUGUCCCCAGAAGGGGUGAAUGCCGCAGCUCAUAGAAUUGGGAGGAUUCCAUGAGCUGCUCAUCCAGGUUCUUUCCCCUCUCUGCUCUGUCACCUUCAGGACAGUGGUGGCUUCCCUUCAUAGUAAGAAGAUGGCUUUGGCAUUUCCAAACACCCCCGAAAGGAAGGAUUUUAGGAGCUGUAGUGGGCUCAAAUCUAAAAAUAGAUCUACGUGUAUACUUCGCUUGCAAAAUUAAAGUAUUUCACUUAGGGUAUUUCCCUCUACAAGAGGGGUGUUUGAAGAGGAGAGAAGGAGUUAGCUGGGUUGUCUGCUUUCCCCCUCCACGGCUGGAAAGAGGUGGAGAGGCCAAGGUGGGCUCUGUGGGCUCUUCCUAAGAGAACGUCACAAAGGAAGGGCUCUGAGAACACUGCCCGCGGAUUCAGAGGGUACUGCGUUAUUGGCGGUCCUAGUGAAACAAGUUAAAUGUUCAGUCUGUUCCAGUGUCUCCGUGGAAGGAGUAGAAUCUUGCAGGCUUCUCCUUGGUGUGUCCCUUCUCUCAUUCCUUGCUGUGUUGAUAUCUUGCCUAAAGCCUAGGAGUGCCUGGGGGCAGGGUGAGGUAGGAAUCUCAACCACCUGAUUCUGGGUUCCUGGCUCCACCUUCUCUGUCCCUUUCCUCUUGGUUCUCUCUCUCUUCCCUAGUUUUCUUUUUCUGGACAGCAGCCUCCUCUGUCUUCAGGCUGUGAGGACUGGCUGUCCAGGUAGCUCCCUCAUCUGCAGACAGCAUGCUCAGGGGCACUGAACCACUGUUGAGCUUCAGAAAAUAGAGCUAGCUGCCACUGUCACUUUGCCUCCAGCGUCCCUCCACUUACACCCCAUGCCCCAUGCCACACUGCUGGCUCAGGACGAGGCCAAACAUCCUAGAGAUACCCCUGGCUCCUAGAGGCUCUCCCAUGAGGUGUGGCCAAGCCCAAAGCUCACACUGUACCAGUGAGCCAGCCGUGGAGCCCAGGGGUUUUCCAUCUCCAUCUGGGCCAGACCCAGAGAGCACGCCAAAUGCCCCCUUGCUUGCUCAGUAAGCCUGUUCCGCCCGAGUCUGUGUUCCCAGCUGACAGUGCAAUGCUUGGAGAGCUAGGAGGAAGCCUAGACCUCCCUGGGAAGCACGAGAAACAAAGGCAAGUUCCCAAGUGCCUCACUGUGAAGGGAGGCCUGUUUCCUGGAGCCAGGGUGUCCUGCAACGCUUUGGAUGAGACUCGGGAUCUGAGAUGCCGUGAGUGUUCAGCAAACUAACCAGCAUUCCCCACAACACAGCCUAGGGCAGGUGAUAGUCUAGGAGGAGUCUGAGGGGGAGGGAGAAACAGAACAUUAAUGUUUUGAGACCCUUGGACCACUCCUGUCCCUGUACCUCAGUCCUCAGUGUGGAAGUCUGGCUUUGCUCUGUUAAGACGGGAAAUGUGCAAGACCCCUCGCUCUGUCCACUGUUGAGUCCCAGCAGUGGAAGGCAGGAGGGCCUUUUCUUCCUGUGUUCAUUGAGUAGAGGCCUCAGGCGCUAGCCUGCAGUGAAGGCAUCCUUGUCAUUUGAGCUGUUCAUCUCAGGAGAAGAGAACAUUUUGGAACAUCCGGUGACCUGUGUGCCUGCCCUUAGAGAUAUCUCUUAUGUCGUUUCCAUUCCACAGGUCAUCGGAUAUCUGCUUUCUAAAAUGUGGAUAAUAAAAGCAACUUUCUCUUCUUUCUAUUGUGAUCGUGUUCCAUGGAUCGUGAUCCACACUGCAGCCCUACACCCGGGACUGCAUGGAGACCUCAGGCUGAGGGCCAUGGCGUGUUGGUGGGUGUGUGCAGAGGGGUGUGUGUCUGCUGAGUCAGGGACACUUAUUUCCAAAAUUCCAAAGCUCAAUUCAAGUGACACAUUAAGGAGCAGCUCAGAAACCCGAGUCCGAAUCUCUAAGGUCCUCGCUUCAUUGGUGUGCUGACCACUUAUCUGGGUGCCUUACAUCUUUUCUAAUCAGUACUGAUAGGAGCCUGCCCUCACUCCCCUCUGCCCACCCCUGUGGAGUCCCUUUGCACCUGAGAGUCCACAGAAGUGGCUGGUGGGGGAAGGGGCCUGGCUAGCUGAAGGAUGACCAGUACAGCAAUGCGUGGGAUUCCCUUCUGGGCUUCAUUGUGGAAACUUCUUAAGGCUGUUUUUAUUAAGUGCCCACAUUGGAUGGAGGGUGGGAGUAAUUUGAAUGUAUUUGAUUUAUAGUUCCUUUUUUUUUUUAGAUGAAAAGAUGGUUGUAGAAUUUGAAAUGGACAUUUUUCUCCUUGGUUUGCUAGUAUCCUGAGUGUAUUCUCUGUAAGUGUAGCUCAACCGGGUCAGCGUGGAAGGUCAAGAAAGCAAGGUGGCGAUGUUAUGCUGGAGGUUAAGGCCACGGCCUCUCUUACCACUGUGCCACUGACUUGCUAUGUGACCCCGGGCAAGUCACUUAACUAUAAUGUGCCUCAGUUUUCCUUCUGUUAAAAUGGGGAUAAUAAUACUGACCUACCUCAAAGGGCAGUUUUGAGGCGUGACUAAUGCGUUUUAUAAGCAUUUGGGGAUCCUUCAGCAGAGGAGUUCUCAAGUCUCGAGUAUUUUUAUAGUAGCAGUGUCCAGCAUGAAAUUGCUAUGUCCACGGUCUCAGACGCUAUCGUUAGUCUAUACGGUUUUCUCCGAAGGGUUGACUGAAACCAUUGGAUAAGUGGUGGAUAACUAGCCAGAAGAAAUUUGAGAGUGCAUAAACCCAUUGCCAUGGAAAUAUAUGCAGGAUACCUUUUCUUUGAUUGGGUGGGAUGUUUCCCUUUUUAUGUGGGAUAGUAGUUAUUUGUGACCUAAACAUAAUUUGGAAUAAUUUCUAUUAAUAUCAACUCUGAAGCUAGUUGUACUGAUCCGAGAUUGUGUUUGUUCAUAAUAAAAGUGAAGUGAAUCUGA